AUGACAACUCUGAUACUACUUGUUCGACGUUUUAAGGGGAUUCACCGGGAAGAGACAACACGAAUGACGACUCUGAUACUACUUAUUGGACCUUUUAAGGGGAUUCACUGGGAAGAGACAACAUCAAUGACGAUUGUGAUACUAUUUGUUGGCCCUUUUAAGGGGAUUCACGGGGAAGAGACAACAUCAAUGACGACUCUGAUACUACUUGUUGGACAUUUUAAGGGGAUUCACCAACGAAUGACGACUAUGAUACUACUUAUUGGACCUUUUAAGGGGAUUCACUGGGAAGAGACAACAUCAAUGACGAUUGUGAUACUAUUUGUUGGCCCUUUUAAGGGGAUUCACCAACGAAUGACGACUAUGAUACUACUUAUUGGACCUUUUAAGGGGAUUCACUGGGAAGAGACAACAUCAAUGACGAUUGUGAUACUAUUUGUUGGCCCUUUUAAGGGGAUUCACGGGGAAGAGACAACAUCAAUGACGACUCUGAUACUACUUAUUGGGCCUUUUAAGGGGAUUCACGGGGAAGAGACAACUUCAAUGACGACUCUGAUAUUACUUAUUGGGCCUUUUAAGGGGAUUUACCUGGAAGAGACAACUUCAAUGACGACUCUGAUACUACUUGUUGACCCUUUUAAGGGGAUUCACCGGGAAGAGACAACAUCAAUGAUGACUCUGAUACUACUUGUUGACCCUUUUAAGGGGAUUCACUGGGAAGAGAUAACACCAAUGAAAACAUAA